AUGGCGAGCUCGAGUGGGACCCACAAAGAAGGGGGCGGGGGCGGGGUCGGGGGCGGGGGUGGGGGUAAUAAGAAACAUGGUACAGCUGUAACAACUUCAUCAUCUUCUUACAGUGGAAGCUUGCAUGGUGGAGAAUGGGGUGUGCCAACUUUCCAGCAUCAGCAGAAUAUUUCUAUGGACUGGACACCUGAAGAACAAGUCAUGCUGGAAGAGGGUUUGGCUCAGUAUGCGUCCGAGUCGAACAUUAUCCGGUACGCAAAGAUUGCAGUGCAGCUGAAGAACAAGACUGUGCGUGACGUGGCAUUGCGCUGCAGAUGGAUGACUAAGAAAGAGAUUAGCAAGAGACGUAAGGACGACUUCAAUGCACGGAAAAUUAAAGACCGAAAGGAAAAGGUUAUAAUUAACGAUUCUUCUUCGGUGAAACCUUCUCGCUUGGCAAUCCAAUCGUCGGGUUUAUCUCACGCUCCGGGAAUUGUUUCUAAUUGCAACGAUGACAUCAUCUCCUACAAUGAUAUAGACGGGGCCACAAGGCAGCUUCUUCAGCAGAAUGCAUGGACUUUUAAACAAAUAUCCACAAAUCUUGCCACUCAUCAGAUACGCGAAAACAUUGGGUUUUUGGGUCAAGCUCGAGAUAACAUCUUUAGAAUAUUGACCAACUUGAACGAGAUGGGACCGACGAUGAAGAAAAUGCCGCCGCUUCCUAAGGUGAACGAAGAAUUAGCGAACUCGAUUCUUCCUCCGCUGAGUUUCACAAUCCAAUGAUAAUCGAGCCUUCGAAUGAAUAUGUAAUUUACUUAUAUAUUCCAAAGAAAAAAAAGUACUGUUGACUGAGUUCGGGCUAACAACAAAGGUAAAUAAAAUAUUUAUCUUUGUUAUUUCAACUUUUGUCGGGGAAAAUAUUAUUAUUAUUAUUUCUUUUUAACCUUAUAUAAUUCCUAAAGUUUUGGUUACUUCAUGGUAGAGAGUAACAAGGUAUAUCAGUUGUAAACCAUUACACCCUGAAAAAAGAGAGUAUGGAUAUUCUGAAUUUUGUAGCUUUGUAAUAACUUGAUCUCUCUUUUUUAAGGUUUAAUUUUAUAAAAUUAUAAAUAUAAUUUAUGUAUACUAGUUUAUUUCAUGUCCUUACUUUCGUAAUUUGGUGAGAGGUUGGGGUUCGAAUCCGUUUGCGUUCGUGUUUUUGUAUUUCUUAUCAUGAAAAAUAUAUUGGGUUAUUGGUUAA